AAUGAAAAGUGGGUGGAAAAUGCGAGACACGGUGAUUUAACUCGGUAUUUCACUUGUCACUCCCUGCAGGCGGCUGUCAACUCCAUGUGGCAUUCAUUGGCCGAAGUAUCGUCACGGGGGACGAUAUUUAAUGCCACGAUGAAACGGCCAAUCACUCGGCGGAGAGGGCGAUCACUUUCCCCCCUGAACGAGCUGGACACGGAAGGGAUGCGCGUUCGACCCGCCUCAUGGGCAACGAGAAAAUGCUCUUGCAACUUGCUCAGGAGACAAAACCACACCUUCAUUUCGUUGACACUAAUUCUAAUUUUACUUUUAGUCACUUGGCCAGACCUUUAUUUUCUCCGGUUGAAGUUUGUUGUCCCUUUCCUCUUGUUUUUUUUUUUUAAUUACUUUUCUUCCCUCGUCUGUUGGAUCUCGUGCCGGAGGAUUGUUUGUUGGCUUUCUCACACUCUCUCUUCCACUCUUUUGGAACGAAUUGUUUUUGUUUUUGAUUUUCUGGCCAACCCAAUCCGCUGCGAUUCUUUUGGUGUGUUGUUCUACUUGAACUGGUGUCUUGUGUAUCUUUAUUUAUAUUAUUUUCCAUCACGGUCUCUACUGUUUAUGUCAUGAUCCUGUCCUUUCCGCAGUUCUUCACACUCCCUGAACCCCGACUGUAAUCCAACGUCAUGGGAGACAUCACGGGAACCGAGUCACCUGCGCCGGGAGCAUCCCAACCAUUGCUACGCUCCUCGCUGGACCAUCCUUCCAAUCCCAUGUCCGCGACCGAUCUCACCGAGGAACAGCUCGAGCACCAACGUCAAAUCCGCCAGCAAAAACGUACCUCGCUCCCCGCCCGUCCCCAUGGGGCAGCACGCCAUAAGAAACGCUUGACCCUGAACUUUCCCAUCAACGUACCUCCCCUGACGACUGCCUUGGAUUCAAACGUCGCUGAGCCCAGUUCCAUGACGCCUGUGACCCGGCCUUCGACUCGACAGUCUCAUCUCCCCGCCGUCGGGACCCCCGUAACCUUCGACGACCAUGAUGACGGGUCUAGCCUCCUGACCGCCAUUGCCUCGCAGGAACGAAAAGUGCUGGAGCUCCGCGAGGAGCUCCAACGGGCCGAAAGCGAGCUGGACUCGUUGAAAAGGCAGUGGGAGUCAUCCGAGAAAACCAAGAAACGCAUCGAUAUCAGUCACCGUGCUGAACCGCUGAUUCCCCUGCGAUCCCCCGACAGGCCCGGAGCCGACGAGACGAUCCUCCACAGUAGGGAACACAGUGUGGCGAGCUCGGAGAGCCCUUCGAUAACACAACCACGAUUCAGCCGGGAGCUGGAGCGCCGUCACAGUGUGCGCGCUGCGGCGGCGAAGGGUACCAAGAUCUCUGCGAAUGGACGACGGGUGUUUCAAGGUUCUCAUACGCGGACCUUGUCCUUGCUCUCACCCACUGUGGGCCCUGUCCCCAAUCUGCCAGGUUCGGAGUCAGGAAAUGGCCAGCCCGAUCAAGACCGCUUGGGCCGCACUCCACGAGCGGCGACCCUGCCGUCAGCCGAGCGUAGUCCGAUGGCUCUAAGCUCAAAUGAAGACAUGAUCGCGCAGUGGCGGAAAACGAUGCCUCCCCCGUCGCGGGAGGCGCUGAUGCGCACAGGUAAACAGAUGGCAUCCGAUCUGCGCGAGGGUCUAUGGACCUUUUUGGAAGAUAUCCGGCAGGCAACAGUUGGAGAGGAAGGAAUCAACGCCACCGAAUCGAGAGCGGUGCCGUCCCGAAGCUCGAAUUCGCGAAGCCGAGACCGCUUGUCGAUGCAAGGAAGCGUAUCGUCGCGAUCCGCCUCUUCGUCACGGAGUAAAGGUGCAGGAGCGAAAUUAUCUGGUAAAGACUCUAAAUCGGCGGACAUAGACUCGUCGUUCUGGAGUGAAUUCGGCAUUGAUACAAGUGGGCAGAAGUCCCCGAAAGCUCACAGAGCAUCCACUACCCCAAGCGGGCCGAACGCGCAAAACGGGUCCAAUCGUCUCGACAUUGAGGACAACUGGGACGACUGGGAUACUCCCCAACCGAAGAAAAUGCAUACCCCUUCGUCGAGUCAGUCUACGUGGGAAUCGAAGCAAGACCAGUCUCCGAUGACUCCUAGUAGUCCCCGCACAAGUACUAGCUUUGGUGACUGGCGCCCACUCCACGACUCCUCUGUCCCAGAUCCCAGCGUGUCGGACGGCAUCCCCUGGCCGGCCAUGGCCGAUAUGCCAUCCCCGAAGUUGCCGCGCACCGCAGCCCACCUAAUGGCCGAAUGGGAGCGCAGUCUGUCGCCUGCGUAGGAUUCUCCUCCCUUCAAGAACGACUAAGUCAAACACUUUCUUCUUUCUAUUCUUCCCUUCAGGGCCUUCCACUUCAUUCCGGGAUACUGUAAAUAUGGACAUGAACAUGCACGAUCUAGCCUUGUUUGGCGCGACUGAUAUAUUAGAUCUUGAGCAUGAGACAAUACGGAUAACGCAGGGUUAUGAUUGAUCCCAAUGCCUUUUACGACCAGCGUUCUGUUACUGACGUUCCUUUCACUUUUCAUUCUUGUCUCUCUUUCACUACUUUUGGUUACUUUCUUGUACAACUUCUUUGACGAACAGAAGGGAUGUUUUUAUACAGAUACAUGUCAGAAGUAGAUCACAGUCCAAUACAAUAAAAAUUAUUAUGAAUGAAUUUGACAGAACACGUUCCAUGGAUCCAAAGUAGAAUACCAUGAAUAAACAAACCAAUAAGUACCAAGGGUAGUAUCUAUAUCACGUGACUGAGCUGCAUAAGGG